AUGACCCAGCAGGGACCUACAGCAGCUAUGGAGGGUAACCUCAGCUGUCCCAUCUGCUUUGAGUUCUUCCAGGACCCAGUGAGUCUGAAAUGUCAACACAGCUUCUGCCGCAGCUGCCUGGAAACACCAGCAUGGAUUCAACAAAAGGAGCGCGAGUGCCCAGUCUGCAGGGGAAGGAAUUCCAUAGACAAUAUCCAGCCCGCAAUGUCUAAUAUGAAACUGAGGAACAUAGUGGAGGCCUACCUGCAGAGAGAAGAGAAGAAGGGGAGUGGGGGGAGAGAAGUGGGUCUUGUGGUGUGCGCCAGACAUAAUAAGAAGCUCAGGUUUUUCUGUGAGGAAUGUGAGGAACUUGUUUGUGCUGUGUGUGUGGAGACCGAGCGGCAUGCCAAGCAUAAACACCAGCCAGUGAAGGAGGAAGCGCAAUGGCGUAAGACUCAGGCCCAAACCACAGCAGGACAGAUCAAGAGUGAGUUUGCGAACCUCCACCAGUUCCUGAGAGUUGAGGAGGAGGCCAGACUGGCAGCUUUGAAACAGGAGGAAGGGAUGAAGACAGGGUUACUGACCGAGAGGAUCACCCGUCUUGCCAGCAACAUGGCCUCACUCUCCGGGAGGAUCUCAAACAUACAGACCAAGAUGAAGACAGAUGACAUCUCGUUUCUACAGAUGUACAAGGACUUGAAAGACAGGGCCAAGUAUACAUUGCAGGAUCCAGAGCCUGUAUCGGGGGCACUGAUAGACGUGGCCCAACACUUGGGAAACCUGAGGUUUAAUGUCUGGAAGAAGAUGCAAGAGAUGGUGCAAUACACCCCUGUGACCCUGGAUGUGAAUUCAGCCCACCCUGAUCUACUGAUCUCUAGGGUCCUCCUGGAGGUGAGUGACAGACGAUCGUCCCAGCCUGUGCCUGAUAACGCGGAGCGAUUCGACAGCUCAGUGAGCGUGCUGGGCUCUGAAGGCUUCUACUCAGGCAUUCACAGCUGGGAGGUGGAGGUGGGGCCUAAGAAGGCCUGGACCCUGGGAGUGGCCAAAGAGGGUGUGGCCAGGAAGGGAAAUGUGAUGGUCAGCCCAGAGGGUGGGAUCUGGGCGAUGGGGCUGUGGAAUGGGGAGGAGUAUAGCGCUGGAACCGCCCCCCUGGGUACCCCUUUGGUCCUGAGUAGGAAACCCCAGAACGUCAGGGUCAAGUUGGACUAUGAGAAAGGAGAGCUGUCCUUCUAUGACUCCAGUGACAUGUCACUCAUCUAUAUGUUCGAACAGAGGUUCACAGAGAGACUGUUCCCCUACUUCUCUCCCUGUCUUAACUCCGAUGGCACUAACCCUGGAGUCCUGAGUAUCUGCCCUGAGAAGGUGUUUGUGACUGUGACACCUGCUUACUAA